GUGCGGCAAUUGCAAGAAUACUCCUCGUGACGCCAUAGGCACUCUUCCUUUCCGCUCAACCUCGCGUGUUGAACAUGUCGCAUACAGCAGAACGAAGAAAUGAUGAUCAAUGGCCAGGAGAUUCAAAAAAUGGUCCUAGUGAAAGUGAGCAACCCACAUACGAUGGACCUCCAGGAAUGGACCCCGAUGGCAUCAUUGAGUCCAACUGGGACCUUGUGGUGGAGAACUUCGAUGAAAUGAAUUUAAAAGAAGAGUUAUUGCGUGGUAUAUAUGCUUACGGUUUCGAAAAACCUUCUGCGAUUCAACAACGUGCCAUCCUGCCUUGUAUAAGGGGGCUCGAUGUUAUUGCUCAGGCCCAGUCAGGUACUGGUAAGACAGCAACAUUUUCAAUAUCGAUUCUGCAACAAAUUGACACUAGUAUUAAAGAGUGCCAGGCCUUGAUCCUCGCACCAACUCGAGAGUUAGCUCAACAAAUCCAGAAAGUGGUUAUCGCUCUAGGGGAUUUUAUGCAUGCGGAAUGCCACGCGUGCAUUGGUGGCACCAAUGUACGUGAAGAUAUGCGAAAACUGGAUCAGGGUGUUCACGUGGUUGUCGGCACACCUGGUAGAGUGUACGAUAUGAUCAGUCGACGUGCUCUUCGUGCAAGUAGCAUCAAACUGUUUGUGCUGGAUGAAGCCGAUGAAAUGCUUUCUCGAGGAUUUAAGGAUCAAAUCCAUGAUGUAUUCAAACUCUUACCAAACGAAGUGCAGGUUAUAUUACUAUCUGCGACAAUGCCCUCCGAUGUAUUGGACGUAUCCAAAUGCUUCAUGCGGAAUCCUAUUCGCAUUUUAGUAAAAAAAGAAGAGUUGACACUAGAGGGUAUCAAGCAAUUUUUUGUUUACGUUGAACGUGAAGAUUGGAAACUGGAAACUCUUUGCGAUUUAUACGAUACGUUGAGUAUCACUCAGGCUGUUAUUUUCUGCAAUACGCGGCGUAAAGUCGACUGGUUAACAGAGAGCAUGCAUAAACGUGACUUCACUGUUUCGGCUAUGCAUGGAGAUAUGGAACAGAAAGAACGUGAUCUUAUCAUGAGGCAAUUCCGAACUGGAUCUUCUAGAGUCUUGAUUACUACUGAUCUUCUGGCGCGUGGUAUUGAUGUACAGCAGGUCUCACUCGUCAUUAAUUAUGAUUUACCUUCAAAUCGAGAAAAUUAUAUCCACAGAAUUGGUCGUGGUGGUCGUUUUGGUCGUAAGGGUGUUGCUAUUAACUUCGUGACAGAGGAAGAUAAACGAACCUUGAAAGAUAUCGAGCAAUUCUAUAACACUCACAUCGAUGAAAUGCCAAUGAAUGUCGCUGAUUUGAUCUAAGUCCGACUGUUGGCUAUAAUCCAUUAUAAUAAAAGAAAUAAUAAAAAGCAGUUUUGGACGGUCCAGAUGGGCGGACAUAUUUUUGGAAAUAAAGACCAGAUUUCCUGAUUCAAAAUCGAAGUUUUGUAAAUCGAUUACCUUUCUAAACUCCUGCCUUUUAUAGGCUUUAACGAUAUGUGUAUUUUUUCUUUUUUUUAUACUUUUACAUUAUUGGUAAUAGACGAUCAGCUUUUAGAAGAUUUUUUUUCACCUGUAAAUGAAAAAUUUAUUGCAAAUAUUCUUUGCCGCAUAUUCAUAAGUUUUUGUGCACUUAUCAAUACUGGACAUUGAAUCGAAACAUCUACAUUGUGAGAACUUUUGUAUCGUCUUUACAAAAUAAUUAAAAAUAUUGCGAUAUAUCAUA